AAAGUAAUGUAUGUAAGAUGUAUGUAGUUAGGAGCGAUAUAGAAAGUUUACAUUAAUACCUUUACAGCUAUAGUUGUUCAUUGUAUCUCUUGGCUUGGCUGUUUACAUCAGCUUCGGUACUUAGUGAGAACCAUUGCCUGGCGUUUUUAUGGCCACAUCAUUGUUCCUCAGAGGAAAUGCAUGACAUCGGCACACAAACUGUUCAACGCGGCUCCACUAAUUGAGAUGCCGUUACAUUUGCCGAAGCUGCCACACGGCACGAGAGGUUUUCUCCUUCUCCUUAUGUACACACGUGGGUGAUACAAUUGUCUUUAAAGCAGGAUGGGACUGGUCCUGUGUUUACGUGUUAUAACGACCUUGUGAUAGGUGUUACAGUGUUACCACAGUAAGUUUGUCGGUGUUACAGUGUUACGUCUAGAUCUGCCAGGUCCUAGUCCUUCAGCUUCAGCAAUAUUUGUGGUAGAUCUGAGUUCCGAUGAGGAUGCACGUAUAGAAUGUUCCAAUUUUGAAAUAUAAGUAAAACGUUUAAUCAAACUGCAAAAUGAUCUUGCUGUAAGGAAUGUAUAAAGUAAAAGACAGAUUAUGUGAGAAACCUGGUACUUACGACACACUUGAUGGUGUGGUGGUUCUGUGAUGUGUCUGACGUCAUGUACCUUUGGGAUUUACACAUGUGUGAAGGUAGACGGAGCCAGGCAAAGCUGUGAUAACUGUUUCUGGGAUAAAUCUAAAGAUAUAUGACGAGUGAUGAAUGUUAGCCGUCUACUUCUUAUUCUCGUCACACUAUAUGAAGUUUCAGACGCUGUUGUGUUUGGUGGAUGGGGAGAGUGGGGUGAAUGGUCAGACUGCUCCGUUACAUGUGGAUACGGAACUAUCAAACGGAGCAAGGUCUGGUUAAAAGAGGACGGAACUGUGUUCAACUAUACUUACAUAUCUAUCGUCGAGUGCUGGACUAAAGUACCCUGCCCAAUACACGGGUCCUGGAGCGUGUGGACAGCUUGGACUCCCUGUACCGUGAUGUGUGGUAACGGAACCAGAACGAGGACGAGGCUAUGCAAUUCACCGGAGCCAAUGAACUUCGGAAAACCCUGCGAAGGGGAAACGUUAGAAGAACUAAGCUGCAACGAACUAACAUGUCCAGAUUUGCCGUUGAACUUUAACAUGGACGUCUGCAACGACACGACAUUUGUUUGUCACAACGAGCUUCAGUGUGUGGAGAAGUUCCUCCAUUGUGACGGGGAACUGGACUGUCACGACGGCAGUGACGAAAAGGAAUGCUACAGAUACCUCAGUAUGAACAGUAACGAUUGUGUUUACAUAUCAAGUCAGUCAUUGAUGUUAACAUUAUUUGGACUACUUUUCACAAGGACUCUACAAUAUUCCUGACAUCGGAUGGAUUUGUGGAUGUAAGGAGCACACUGUCCAUCUAACAAUUGUGAUAUUAACAGCGGAAGUACGUGGCGGAAGCUAUUUUAGAUGAGUAACCGAACUACUUUCUGGACUGACUACAUGGAUGAAAAUCCUAAGUGAUAUGAUGUGAUAUGUAUUGUAUACGUGGGAUAUUAUAUUUCACUUAGACGAAUGAACCGUCAAUAAAUGUUAGAGUUACUUCCCUUUGCAGUUGAAUGCAAUACUGUAAAUUAAUUGUUCAUACGAUAUACAUAACAAACCUCAUCGAAAGCGAUAUGAUUUAAAAGUGAAACGAGAAUAGAAGAAUGGAAUUGUCAGAUUUGGCAAUGUGAUAUACAAAUUGCAUUAUCAACCAACGAAAACAGGAUCUUUUGCGCGGAGGAGAAUUUGUGAACAAAGUUCAUUGAUACAUGAAAAUAAUUGUAUGCAGUAUUAAGUAUUAUUUGACUCGAUGAACUGAUCGUUUAAGUACAUAAAUGCAAAUCAUAAUUCACUUCGUAAAUGAAGUAUUUGUUUGAUACUUAUUAUAAACUGAUACAGACUAAAAUAUUAGUUGAUACUAGACAACACCCUCAAAAUUUUGGUAACAGAUCGACUUUUACUUUUAGUAAUGUAACAGAAAACUUUGUUGCAUUAUGUAGCAGAUUCAGUUAUGUUAAUGAUGAAUACAAUUAUUUCAACUUAGGUUUCAGUUAUAUAACACACAGUACAUGUAUUUUCAUUCUGAAUCUGACCUGAAUAUGUCCAACCAUGUUCGAUUUACAUGGAUUUCGGUAUUUUUAAAACAUAUGUUUCGAUUAAAAUCUAAUUUAGUUAACAGAUUUAAGUAGUAUUGAUGUAGAAUUGACGACACACAUGACAUUAACUGAAAGUAACAUAGUAUAUGUUUAUUUAAAAUACAUGUGAUAUUACAUAAUGUGGAUGAAAAAAAAAUAUAACACCAAUUAUUUGGACAAUGUGACCAGUCCAAAUACUAAAAUUACCAGAUACGAUAUUACGUCGUCUCACAAAGUCAGUUAGAUAUACAAUAUUUUAAUCGUAUUUUAAAUGUUGAUUUAUUUGGAUUUCAUCAUCAUCAUCACACAUAUCGUUUAUAUAUAAGACGGGAAUGCACAUAUCACAAAAGAGGAAGAAAACAUUCAUCAUAUAUUUAUUAAAAUUGUAGCUGUAAUACAUGUCAUGAGUGUGGUUCAUACGUUUUUGUAUGAUAAAUAAGAAUAAUGGCCAUUCUCCACUCGAUUUCAUUUUUUUAAAUGAAACAAGUUGAGCUUGAGAUCUUUAGUGAGACAUGAUAACACGAUACCUUUGUUCAAUGUACCAGUGAUUUCAAUUGGAGAGAUAUCCGGUACAUUGUUUACCUAGUGUUGUGCAGAAUGACCAAAAUGUUCCAACGCCUUGGUUUUGUUUAAAGAUAAUUGUCGUAGUACAUUUGUUAAAUGGAAAAUUCCAUUCUAGAUCAAAAUUUUCUUAACCAAUUUGUUUUCGAAAUUUUGCACAUUACUAGGUAUAUAUAUGUUUGUUGUCUCGCGACCAUUUUAAAAUUAUACAGUUUUUUUUUUUUAGUAAUGAUAUU